CUAUUAAAAACUCAUCCCGAUACCGAUAAUAGCGGCAGAAGAAUUUUAGAAUUCCUUAAAUAUAUAUUGUUUAAUUUGUAAGCAUUUUUAAGGAAUGAGUUUGAGCGACUGCAACAAUAACUAUAUAUAUUUGACGGGCAGUGAGGAUUACGCCCUUAAUUUGGCAAAGCUAUGCGAACGCUUUGCCACCAAAGAAAAGCGCGUCUUACUGAUCACCAGUCGCCAGCAGGGAAUGGCAAAGCGCUAUCCAUGGGAGGCCCAUAACUGCAGCAAAUACCUGACCAUUCUGCAACUGGUGGAUGUGGAGAGCACCCCGCUUCGCAUGCUGGAAAUGCAGGAUAGCGCCGAAUCCUUGCGCAGUCCCGAUUUGAUAGUCUUUGAUCUGCAGUCGCUCGUUUUGGAUGCACUACUGCGUCCUGUGAUGCAGCAGUGCUCCACGAACAAAAUGGUCCGGCAAAUUGCCAAGUGCUCCGCAUCCUUUGUGAAUUACCGCGAAAUCCUGGCCAAUCUGGCGGAACAGAAGGCGGGCAAAAGCAUCGACACCAUUGUGGUCAUGUCGCAGGAACCGUAUCCCAUGUCAGCAGCCCAGUUCAAGCUGCUUAUUGGACUCUAUUUCCACGGCAACGAGUGCCACACGAAUUUUGCCAAGCUCUCGGCCAAGAUCAUGGUCUCCCAGAGAUUCGCCUAGACGAAGGACAGAAGUUUGGAGCCACUACAGUGCCUUGGUAACCAGUUCCUGAGUUUAAUCAUAGCUGGCAGUAUUGUAGUUAUUCGCCGUAUGCUCUUGCUUUUCAAACAAUACUUACUUAGAACGUUUACCUUAUGCAUUAUUAAAACAUGCAUUUUGUCAGGUUAGACGAAUAUUUUCAAAGCUGGAACGAAUUUUCCAAUCUCGAACGAAUUUCGAGUUAUUAAGACUGCAUUUCCAUUUUAUUGACUUAAAGCUAUUCAUAUUGCCUUCCCAAAAGAUAUCCAAAUGGGGAACGGUCGAAUAUUUAAGAAAAUGAAUUUAUAAAAGGCAAGGCACGCUAUAUUAUAUCCGCAUAUAAUACUAAGACAGUGCGUACAUUUGGCAAGAACUUAAGAAAUACUGUACGUUGAAAAUAUCUCCCUACAUGGCAUCCAUGCAAAAUGUUAUACGAAAGCGAAGCAAUCGAAUGCUCGAUCAAAUAUAAGACUUUAUUAUAGUAUACUAUUUAGUCUAAAAGGGAUUAAAACUACCAAAAAAAAAUUGCUGAUAAUUAAUUAUAAUAUACAUACAUAUAACAAUAAUAUUUAUUAUGCUAAACGGAAAUCUCAACUUAAGGGAAUUUAUAUGAAAUAAAAAAAAAAUUUCGAAUGCAUAAGAUACGUAAAUGCAGCUAAAAGUAUUGGAGAAUGUAUUCCGGAAAUACGGCUAGUGAUCUCCGGAACGCAAGCCACCAAAGCCCGUUUAAAAGGAACUAAAACUCAUUCACAUGUAGCCCCACCCCAAAUCCCUGCUGCCUUCGUCUUCGAUUGGAAUCCGAUCUCCGCAUCCCAGCCUCAUAUGUAGUCCAGCAUGCCGCUUAUGAUCUCAAAGGCAUCCCGAGCCGUGGGCUCAAUGGCGCUGCUGGGCAGCAGAUAACCGUGCACUCCGUUGUCCGCCAGCUGGAGCGUGUAGCUGAAGGGAAUUCCGAUCUCGUAGGCGGCAAAAGCGUCCGCACAGCCUGGAUAAAUCAAGGAAGCCAAAGGAUUGGCAAGGUCGGAUAAAGAUCUCUAUUAUAUUCUACUUCGAAGCAAAUAAUAUAAAUAUUACGCACCCGAUCGCUGUUCAAUUAGAUCGUUGGAUGCGUCGACCUUAUAUCGGGACUUACUACCCUUUUUGCGCAAUCCAUCGGUACCCACCAUCGCCACGUCCAGAAAAUCAUCCAAUCUUUCUGAAUUGAAAGUGGAAUUGGCCUUGACCGGAUAGGAUAUCACCUGACCAUAGGCCUGUAGGGAAAUGUAAAGCUGCAAAAAUAAUGAAUAAAGUUAAUAAAUCAAAAAAUAUAUCUAUUUUAGAGAGUUAAUAUAAAAAUUAUAUAUUGUUCUAAGCAUACCUUUAUCUGCGUCCUAUAGUCCAUAAGGAACUCAGAUACUGCCUUGGUUUCCGGUUCAGAAAAUGGCGCUGGACCGGCGUAGAACUCAUUGCAGGGUGCCUUGGAGCUACCCCGUUUGCCCCAAUGAUACAGCCAGUUUCUGUCCAGGUCCACCCCGUAGCAGACCUUAUCCGGACCCCGUUUUUGCUGGAGCCAUGUCAUCGCCGAGUCGAGGAGGCCACUGGGAGGUGGAGUCUGGUGCUGAGAUCGCGACUUCUUCCAGAAACGAUCGUACUCGUG